AUGUCGAAGCUCAUAGACUAUUCAGAAGUCCAAAAGCAUGCCUCCAAAGAAUCCUGCUGGGUAAUCCUGUACGGUAACGUGUGGGAUGUCACGAACUUCCUCCCUGACCAUCCUGGCGGUGCCAACAUCAUCCUCAAACUCGCCGGCAAAGAUGCCACCGAAGAAUACGAUCCAAUCCACCCUCCUGGAACACUGGAAGAAAACCUACCUGAAUCCGCGCGAAUCGGACCCAUUGAUCCCAAGUCGCUUCCCGAACCUGUCAAGGCCGCGAAAGAUGUUGGACCGCAACCGAACACCGAAGUUGAAUUGCCUCUGGCGGCAAUGUUAAACCUCGAUGAGAUUGAGGCUGCCGCGACAAAGAAGCUGUCUAAGAAGGCCUGGGCGUACUAUUACUCAGCUGCUGAUGAUCUUGUGAGCAAGCAAAUGAACAACGCUGUAUACAAGCAGAUCCUGCUGCGACCGCGAGUAUUUGUGGAUUGCAAGGAUUGCGAUCUCAGCACCAAGUUCUUGGGUUACAAUUUGGAUCUACCCGUAUUCGUCUCACCCGCGGCUAUGGCGAGAUUGGCGCACCCGGACGGAGAAUGGGGAAUAGCUCAGGCCUGCAAGAAAUACGGUGCAAUGCAGAUGAUCUCGAACAAUGCGAGUAUGACACCGGAGCAGAUCGUAAAGGAUGCAGGACCCGGUCAGGUUUUUGGCUGGCAACUGUAUGUUCAAACUGAGCGGAGGAAAUCAGAAGACAUGCUGGCAAGGAUCAACAGACUGGAUGCAAUCAAGUUUAUAUGUCUGACGCUCGAUGCACCUGUGCCAGGGAAGAGAGAACAUGACGAGCGAGGCAAAUUUAUUGUCGAGGACACAUCACAAGCUGUCAAAGAUGCCGGGGGGGCGGAAUUAAAGGGCGGCGGAGGUAUUGGGCAGUCGUUAUUCUUUGGGACUGAUCCUACGUUGACUUGGACCAAAACGCUGCCAUGGCUGAAACAACACACAAAGAAGCCCAUUAUCUUGAAGGGCCUGCAAUGCCAUGAAGACGCGUAUGUGGCAGCACAACAUGCGCCUCAAGUCAAGGGAAUUAUUUUAUCCAAUCACGGUGGUAGAGCGGCAGACACGGCACCACCCUCGAUCCACACGCUUUUGGAGAUCCGGAAAUACUGCCCCGAAGUCUUCAAUAAGAUUGAUGUCGUGGUUGAUGGAGGUAUUAAGAGAGGUACUGACGUCGUCAAGGCAUUGGCGCUCGGUGCAAAAGCCGUGGGGAUCGGUCGAGCCGCGCUCUUUGGUCUCGGUGCCGGAGGCAUUGAAGGUGUUGAAAGAGUACUCGAGAUCCUGCGGGAUGAAACCGCCACAGCCACUCGACUAUUAGGUGCUGCACGGGUGACCGACCUUGGACCGGUGCAUGUAAAUACCAGAGCCGUGGAGAGAGAUAUCUAUGACGGACCUGCUAAUCUGCCAGCCCUCGAUGGAGGGAUCAAAGGUUUGUGGAUGAAACCCAAAUUAUGA